AUGAAAGUCCGCAAAUUAAAUUCGGCCAAAAGUUUCGGAGCCAGCGUUAUUGGAGACGACGGAACGAUGAUGACAUCUGGAACGAUGCUGGCUGGGUUUGUAGUACUGGAGAGUUUGGAAGAUGAUGUGGAUGGUAGCUUUUUUCUAAAGAAUUGGGCAGUCUAGGCUUAGCUUUACAGGGCGGUCCAAAAAAAUAGAAACCUUUUUUCAUGGGUCCUGCGACAAAAACCUUUAGGUGUAACCGACUAAUUUUUGCACCCUUAAAUUCUCCGUGUUUUUCUGUCCUAGGCGUUUGAUUUUCAUGCCCAUAUCGAUUGGCUAACAUCUUUUUUUGGAAUGUCAAAAUGAGGUGCACUAUUUUCAAUUCUAUAACAUAUACAUCCAUGCAAGGUAGAUUUCUUUGCAAAAAAAUAGUAUUCUCCGCAUUUUUACACACGAUUUCCCUCCAUUCCCUCCCAUAAUGUCGUAAAAUUUCUAUUGCUGCCAAUUCCUUUCCUGCAAUCUACUUAGCGCGCCUUUGCAAACAUCGAUAACUCAACAAUGGCCCUAAUAAUAGCUCUAUAACUAAGUUUGAGUACUACUAGAACUCUUGGUCUUAUCAAUCUUCACCUUUCGGGGCCGCUUUUUCGACGUCUAUUUUCCUCCUCAUCUAUUUACCCGGUCUUAGAUUGAAUGGAAAUUCAAGACCCCUCGGAAGACGAAGAAGAACCCCUUCUCCUUCCCGAGGUUGUUUGAAGGCCUAUUCAUUCGACUGCCGGCUUCUACUUCAACCCCCCCUUCUCUUUUAAAUCUAAUUUGACGGAAUUCCGCUUCGCCACGACGCGGCGUCACGGCCCAAACGGCGGCCGAAAAGGGCGGUAAUCGCCAAUGUUAUAUAGUGUAGUGUUCCCUCCGACAUGCGGUUUCCACGCCCGCCUUUUGUGGAGGUAUUUUUGGACCACUCCCACGUCGCUAAAUCAGCGUCGACUGCACUGUGCGACGAAUUUUUUGUUUGCGACAGAGUGCAGCGGUCUGUCGCUGUUCACUCAAUUUCUUGAUUUUUUCUGAUAGAUGAUCGUGCAAUCAAUCUAUCAGAUCAGACUUGUUUUCAUGUCUUAACCUUUGAACAGUGCAAAAAAUAUUUUCGCCGCACCGUGCAAAAAACCCUAUAAAAUUCCCGAACAAAAACCGCUUGCACCGUGCGCAAUUCCCCUAACCUAUUCGGCACAAAACAUGGCCGCCCAUUAGCCACUCAUAAAUAUGGAUUGGCAUCUUAUUAGAAACGCUGUUUACAACAACAUUAAGGACCCGUGCACUUUCCGCCAAUUGUCCUACCAAUCCAUAAUAUUCCGCGGCCCUCCGGGCCUCCUCGAUUAAACAAAGAAAAUCGAAGGCUCGGAAUAAUUUACGAGCCUUCGUUAUGCGCUUUUCUUGUAAUUUGAUGAACACCGCUGUAAUUGCGCCUACACUUUUUGGUAAGAGGAGUCGUUGGCGGGCUCGUUGUUUAUUGCGGAAUAAUUAACGGGGAAAAGGCCAAGUCUGACGCUUUUUGACAAAAGGGGUUCAAAUUGCCUGAGGGUUUAUUUAGGGUUUGUGGAGAAAAAAUAGCUGUUUUAGUCGACGUGUUUGCGAUUUUUUUAUCAAGCGCGACUAAAAUUUUUACUAAUUGAUUUUCACGAAAAAAGUCUACGCACUUUCUGAAACAACUACAAGUCCAAAAAAGUCAGGGUGCGAGCGACAGUCCUAAAAAGCCUAUUGCACGGUGCAAAAAGCAAUAAAUUGCACAGUGCAAACAAAUUUUUGUUUUUGCACAGUGCGUGCCGCCGAUUUUUGUCCGGCAACCUUCUAGAAGGGCUAGUAUAAGAAUCUUUUUAAUUUCAAUUUUCCCCGAUUUUUGUUUUUCGCAAUUUCCAUUUUACAGACUUCCCUGAUGCAAAUUUAUUCCGCAAUCUUUGCUGUCUCGGUCUUUCAGUCGCAAAAAAAGUCUCACAGCCAAAAAAGAGAGAAUCUCCUCAAAAAUUUAAUUCCGCGACGCAUUUAGCCCCCAUUUUGCACUAUUCCCUUUGUAUUGCCGUUGAAUUAAUCAUCAUUAGGCCCUCAAUUAAACGUAAUCCCUGUCUUUCUGAAAAGAUUUUUUCCCCCUUUCUUUCCGGCAAGUGUCCAUCUUGAGGACGUCGGAAAGGGUUCUUCAACCGACUCCAACUUGGGCUUCCUGCCCGCCGGCGCACAAAUGUUUUUUGUCGUCGAACGAUGCUUCAUCCGCGUGCGGAACGGCGGCGGAUAAUUGGCGGCGGAUAAUCUAUGCGAGUAUUACAUGUUUUGUUCGUUUGAAACAGGAACAACUCCGGAGAUCUUUGAAUAAUAAUAUUGUUGGGCUGCUUUUUCGGCAAAUAUUUGCUCUUUCGAAAGGUUUCGGUGAUAUUUGGCGGUUUUUUUUCGUUCGCCAUUUUUUGCACGAUGCAAAUUUUGGUUCGAGAUGGCUGCACGGUGCGAUUUUGUUUUUUCGCCCCUGCACGGUGCAGGUUGUAACUUCAUAAAUCCGCACAGUGCAUUUCCCAACCCUGAGCUCUGCACGGUGCAGUUUUAGAGUCUGUGAUUUUGCACGGUGCAAUUUGUGGGCUUGGUGUCACAGUGCAAUUUUUAUUUUUUUUUUGCCUCCGCACGGUGCGAUUUCUUAUUUUAGACGUUCGCACAGUGCAUUUCAAGCUCCGAAUUUUUGCACGCUGCAGUUUUAAAGUGGGUGAUUUUGCACCGUGCAACUUGCAGCUUGGAUGUCUGCACUGUGCAACUUUUAUUUUUUUGCCUUUGCACGGUGCAAUUUCUUAUUCUAAACAUUCGCACCGUGCAUAUCCAAACUGUGAGUUUUUGCUGUGUGCGAAGUUUAAAAAUUUCCGCUUUUCUCAGUCUGUCUGGAAAAUAAUGGGCGCAAUGUCGCUGCGCUAGUCGCGUCGCUGAAGUGAGAAGCAAUUUACUCAAUAGCAGCAAUUUUUGUCACCACGCAAAAAAUGCUCUGCUCAAAGACCAAUCAAAGAAUAACUGAGAGAAUCUUCCUUCCCAACCUUUCUUACCACGCCUCCAGAAUUCCGUUAAACAAUCUUCGUCCCUAUUGACGUCACCGAUCCUUAAAAGUCAUUCUCUCCUCCAGACUUCCUCGUCGCCUUCCCAUAUCCCUUCGCGAAUAUUAUAGCCGCAACGUGGAGGCCUAAUUCAAUUUGCUUUCUGAUAUUUCCCAAUUGUUUUAUAUUGCUUGGGCUUUAAACCGUCGGGCGGCCGUUUAUUUCCCCACCCGUUCCCACGCCGCCCAUUGUUGCCGAGGUUUGGACGGCGGUCGUGCUAGACGGGAGAGUUUGGGGGUUCGAGGGCAUGGGAGUAUUACAGACUUACGGCUUUACUGUUCCCUUUCAUCCGAUCAUAAUUAUAUAUUUUUUCCACGAUAUAAAGUUUGGGGAUAACUUUGUUGUCGGGGAGGGAGGACGCGUUUUUUUUUGCAGACGGCAUCGUUUUUCGGUCGGCUUCUGGCAAUGCAAUAACCCUCGUUUUUGGUGGUGUAAUUGCGUCAAUUAGAGAGCCGAAGGGAAAUACUCGGCUCUGGGAUGUUUAUCGAUCCGUUUUUUGUUGUCCAACACAAAGCAUGGUCAAGUUUGCGCGCUGCUUGAUCCGUGACAUCUUGAUCCAGCCAUUAAGACACACUAUUUUUUACUGUCUUACCUCUUCCAAGAUACCAUGUGCUUUCAGAGCCCGGAAUCCGAUGCCAUGCCCUGAGGCAUUGUGAAUCUCGGAGCCGAAAAGUUCCUUCCCGCAUGGGUGAGACGGUGAAAGGCUUUUAG